AAAGCGGAACGGCUCCAAAGAAGUAGUUUUGCGAGCCCGUUAAAGAGGCGAACAACACAUCAGCUGACAGAGGCCGCACAUUGUCUUGGCCGCCUCGCGUUUCUCCUCCUCACGCUCACCCCGGUGCUCGUGCGUCACAGACUUCCAAUCAUCUGGGAGGCAUCAAGAGUGGUGGUGGUGGUGAUGCUGGUGAGGGUGGCAGCAGCAUUGUGAGUGGCAGUGAGCAGUGGUUCUCGUCCCUGGCCCAUCAUCAUCAGCAGCAGCAGCAGCACUAACCAGCCAGCCAUGAAGGAGGAACACGAGGAGGAGCGGGAGGUGCUGCAGUCCAUCUACGAGGGAGACGAGAACUACUCCAUGAUCAAUGACUCAACCUUUCAGUAUAAGUAUGGCGAGGAGGGCCACAACAGGUCCUUCCUGGUGGAGAUCAGCUGGGGGCCUGAGUACCCUGACCAGACGCCCACCAUCACCCUCGACCUCUUCUACAACAAACACCUAUUGCCGUCAGUGAAAGAGAAGAUCACGGCAGAGCUACAGAAACAGGCGGAGGUCAACCUUGGUAUGAGCAUGACCUUCACUCUCUUUGAAUGGCUGAAGGAGGCCAAGGAUGAGCUUCUCGAGGCCCAGCCCGAGGAGGCGGCCCUUCCAGGCGUGUCUCAAGUGAUCGGUGAUGUGGGGAGGUUAUCGGUGGAUGAUGCGAGUGAGGGCAAGAAGGAGAAGAAAGAGCAGUUAACAAAGGCUCAGAAGCGGCGGCUGUGGGACCGCCAGAAUGCCGCCGGGGAGCGAGCGCGCGGCUACAACUGGGUGGACAUUGUCAAGCACCUCUCACAGACCGGCGGCUCCAAGAAUGACGGAUAGCACCAACCCUCAAGGUGGAAGCUCCUGCCAUCCUCAUCGACACUUGGCGUAAAUCAACAUGAAUGUCAUGAACAGAUAGGCACAAUUAAAAAUAGGCAUUUUUAUUUCAUCUUCACAAAAGUAUUUAACAAGGUUUACAUGCUCUUAACUUACUACUGCCAGACUAUAUCACCUGGUGCCUUGGUGUGUGUGUGUGUGUGUGUGCAUAUGACUUGAGUGACUGGUACAAGUGCAGGUUUGUCAUUGAAAGUCAAAAUUCUUAGUCAGUGGGAAGAGUGAGGUGACUCGCUUCAUUUUCCGUAUUAGUCUUUUGUCUUCCAGUGUAGGAAAGUAAGUUUUCAUUGUGCUUCUACAUUUCAUACAAUGCUAGCAUAGUUACAUCUUAUGUAGCCUUAAUAUAUAAAAUUGAACCUGGGUCCUCCAGGACACUGCACUCACAUGCUGACCACUCACCUAACACCUGUGUCUAUAUCUAUACAUAGCUGAGUGGCCAACUGCCAGCCUGCACCACAAACAGGCUGGGGCUGACCAACAUGUCCCACCAUGAAAGCCUACCGGCACUAUAGGCCAAAUGUAAUAUAUAUAUAUAUGGUGCAGUGGUUACCGUGCCUAACUAUAAAUCUCUGCCUGGGCAGUCAUAGUGCAGCCCACCUGCUGGUGUUCAUCUUCCCUUUCAGGCAGGUUGACCUGGGGAAGGUAAACUGUGAUAACCCAGAUGUUGCCCUGACCCUGUGUCCUGGGGUGAUGGGUUCUCUUCCACCACAGGCGCAAGGGUUAAUGGUGUGCAUCUGAGCACCAAGGUCACUUGCAGCUAUAGUGUUGGCUCCCAAUUGCCCUUACCUUCGUAUUUUUUUGAAAUAGUAAGGUAAAUGUAAGGUUGGGGGCGUGUGCUACAACUGUGCUUGGCCUCGGUACUGUCACAUUGGCCCUUGAGUCUGUGGUGGGUAAGAACCCAUCACUCCGGGACACACGGCCAGUGUGACAUCCAGGGUACCACAGUUUAUCUUCUCUGGGUUUCCCCAGGUACCUAUUUAUUAUAGCUGGGAGUUAUUGCUGAUAACAAAAUCGGGUUAUCGGUCAUCCGCUACCUAUUUAAAUAUAUAUCGGUAUCUUCGUUACUUUUGUAACCAAACUAGCGAUAAUUGCUACUUUUUUCCGCCUCAGAAAAAAAAAAACGUUGUCUCCUCCCAACUGCGCAUGUGUGGCCCGGGCGCCCAGUGUUGUAUGAAAAAAACUGGGGGUAUGAAAUAUCUUCAGUGAAGAUAUUUCAUACUUAGAUCAUCAACAUUAAAACAUUAGGUUAUUUUUUUUUAUGAUUAUUCACUGCCUCAAAUUUGAUAUUCCAUAUUCGUUUGUGAGCAUGCCAUGGUGAUGAAGGUCUAUCUCCUAUAUUUGUGUCUCUAGUUAACGAAGAUUGGUUAUCACCGAUAAGGUUUUCCAUCAUCAGUUGUCGGUUAUCGGGAAUAAGAUUUUCUGUUAUCGUGCCCAGCUAUGCUAUUUAUCAACCAGCCCAAAAGGAAUCAUGAACAGCGGGGUAAACUGCAUGGACUGCCCACGCCGGGAUUAAAACCAAGGCUUGUGGUCAUAGCUUGGCACACUGACCACUGCACCACAGCUGUCACUGGACUUGACUGAAAUGAAGGUCGGGAUACACCAUUUUUAGGAUUUUUCUCAAAAUAACAGUAAUGAAGCCUACACGGGUGUGGCCUGAUGCUGUGUGUGUGUAUGUGUGUGUGUGUGUGUGUAUUGCACAUUUGUGUAUAUACAAUGCAAAGUCUAACAGAUUGUUCCUGUAAAUUACUGUUCUGUGUACAUGGCAGUUUCUUAUCAGUUCCCCUCGGUGCAUCCCUGCAAGGCACAGCCAGAAACGAUGUAUUUAUCUCAGUCACCCGCCGCUGUAGCCCUGAAUCUCAAAGCGGUUGAUUCUGGCCGAGUGAUGCACACAGACAAUAAUGACAUACACCACCAUCAACAUGUACUACAUAGAUUUUAGGUUGACUGAACUCUGCAAUAUUUUUUAUUUUUUUUGUCUUUAUAUAUAUGUGAUGCCAUUAGAUAGAAAUAUUUAUACCUCUUAGCAAUAAAAGGUAUUGUAUCCCAAAACCCUGACUAAUGCCACAAGUCUCCCAUGAAUAAAAAAAAAUCACAUGUUUUCUGCAACUUAGAGAAA